UCGGGCGCUGAGGCGUGAGCGACUGGUCAGGCAGAGCGUCAUGGAGGACGACGCACCGGUGAUCUACGGGCUGGAAUUCCAGGCACGUGCUCUAACACCUCAAACUGCGGAAACAGAUGCCAUUCGCUUCUUGGUUGGGACGCAGUCUCUUAAAUAUGAUAAUCAGAUCCACAUCAUAGAUUUUGAUGACGAAAAUAACAUUAUAAAUAAAAAUGUCCUUCUCCAUCAAGCGGGUGAGAUCUGGCACAUCAGCGCCAGCCCUGCGGAUAAAGGCGUGCUGGCCACCUGCUACAACAAAACUUCAGACAGUCGAGUCCAGGCGUGUGCAGCUGUGUGGAGGAUGCCCAAGGAAUUAGAAUCCGGUAGCCACGAGUCCCCUGACGACCCCGCAAGCACUGCGCAGACCCUGGAGCUGCUCUGUCACCUUGACAACGCGGCCCACGGCAACGUGGCCUGUGUCGUGUGGGAGCCAAUGGGUGAUGGGAAGAAGGUCAUUUCCCUGGCCGACAGCCACAUCCUGCUGUGGGACCUCCAGGAGAGCUCAAGCAAGGCUGUGCUGGCCAGCUCAGCAGCCCUGGAAGGAAGGGGGCAGCUGAAGUUCACUGCAGGGCGGUGGAGCCCACACCACAACUGUACUCAGGUGGCCACAGCAAGUGACACCACCCUUCGAGGAUGGGACACACGGAGCAUGAGCCAGAUAUACUGCAUAGAGAACGCUCAUGGGCAGCUGGUGCGCGACCUCGACUUCAACCCCAACAAGCAGUAUUACCUCGCCAGCUGUGGAGACGACUGCAAGGUGAAGUUCUGGGACACACGGAAUGUCACCGAGCCCGUGAAGACCCUGGAGGAGCACUCCCACUGGGUGUGGAGCGUCCGCUACAACCACUCUCACGACCAGCUGGUCCUUACUGGCAGCAGCGACAGCAGAGUCAUCCUGUCCAACAUGGUAUCUAUCUCCUCAGAACCCUUUGGCCACCUAGUGGACGAUGAUGAUGUCAGUGACCCAGAGGAGCACCAUGCUGAGAAGAGUAAGGAACCCCUGCAGGACAACGUUAUCGCCACCUAUGAGGAACAUGAGGACAGCGUGUAUGCUGUGGAUUGGGCCUCAGCUGACCCAUGGCUGUUUGCUUCUCUGAGUUACGACGGGAGAUUAGUUAUCAACAGAGUCCCCAGGGCACUGAAGUACCACAUACUGCUCUAGUGGCCCGUGGCACUGCUGGUUGGUACUUGGCAGAUUCUCAGAAAUCUGCAGCUACGAGGUAAUUCCCUUUGCAGAUAGAUCCCUCCGUGGGAGAAUCAACGUUGCUUCUGCAGGAGCUCUAAAGGACGCGGAGCUUCAGGCAGCAGCUCAUCUGAAGCUGUCAGCACACUGCCCAGCAUGGGAGGGAGCCAUUCUGGACACAGCUGGGGUUCCUGUGUGAAUUGAUGGCUGCCCUGUCUCUGCUCUGCUCCGCUCUGUUUCUGGUUUUUGUUCUAAGGGUUUUGGGAAAUUCACUUUUCACCAAUGUAUUUUCACCUUGCUGUCUUCAUGAGAUUACAAACUGAAAUAAAGCAAGUGGAGUGCACACAGCCUCCUCUUUUCAGACUCUCUUCUUCCCUGAGGAAA